AUGAAAAGACUCAUAACUUCUCAGUUCUUUAAAAACAAAACAUACUAUGUGGAUCUACAUUGUGCUUCUGUUUAUGCAAAUUGCUAUCUCGUUUACGAUCCAGAAAUAUUAAUAAUUCUUCCGGAACGAUUAGAAGAAUGUGGGCACGCAAUGGAUCGCACUGUUUUUGUGGCAAUUGCAAUCCUGUCCGUGAUAUCAAAUGGAUUCAAUUUAGCAACUUUCUUAAAGUUGCUGAAAGAUAAGAUGAAUGGAAUAAGUGAAGCUCAAAAAACCAAACGUCGAAAGAAAUGGCAAUCGAUGUAUAUUCAAAGUGUUAUUCAAGACUUCAUUCAAUUAAUUGACAUAGCAAACUACAACUUCACAUCAAAACUCGUCGACGCUGUCUGGUGGACGUUCGUGUUUUGUUCAUUGUCGUAUGCUUCUGUUUAUGCUUUCGAUGGAAUGGUCAUGAUAUAUUUUCAUACAAAUUGGAAUACAUGUAACAGUAACAAAGUAUCACCAAAGAAAUCAAGUAUCGUCGUGUCAGGAGUUCAAAGUUCUGGUCUAAGAAGUGGUAUAAAUAAUAAUGUUAUUGCGAACUGA